AGUAAGCAAUCUCGGCCACUCACUCUUCUCAGUUUCUCACGGUGCCGCAGCUACACCCGCCGUCCGCCCACGCUUCCACGGUCGCCGCUCCCACCUGCCGCCGCCGCCGCGACCACCACGCCCAUCGCAUAAACGAGCGGCUCCCACCCUCCGCUCCGGCGGGGUCUCUCGCGAUCGCCGCUGCGGAUUUGUCGAUCUCGCCGGCGGCGGCGCUGGCCUGACUUCCGUCCAGUCCAACAGUACCAGGAGUUCAUUUCUAGUACUUCUUUGGUACAUUUGUGUCAUUUGGAGAGCGAUUGAAUUUCUGAUAGAAAUUGACUGUGGCAUGUGUUUGCUUUGUCGUGCUGAAGCUUGGGGCCAUUUUCUGCAAAACUGGGCAUUAAUUUUGGUAGCUACACUCAUAGAGCAUCCACAGAUGGUGAGCGCCUUGGCAGGAGUGAUGACCUCUGUCAUCGCCAAGCUCACCGCCCUGCUCGGGGAGGAGUACGCAAAGCUGAAAGGUGUGCACAGGGAGGUGGAGUUCAUGAAAGACGAGCUGAGCAGCAUGAACGCGCUCCUUCAGAGGCUGGCAGAGGUGGACCGUGAUCUUGAUGUGCAGACCAAGGAAUGGAGGGACCAAGUCCGGGAGAUGUCUUAUGACAUUGAGGAUUGCAUAGACGACUUCAUGAAAAGCCUUGGCCAAACUGACAGUGCUAAGGCAGCAGGGCUUGUGCAAAGUGUGCUCCAGCAGCUCAAGGCGCUGAGGGCGCGCCAUCAAAUAUCCAGCCAAAUCCAGGGGCUCAAGGCACGUGUUGAAGAUGCAAGCAAGCGACGUAUGAGGUAUAAGCUCGAUGAGCGCACCUUCGAACCUAGCAUCUCAAGGGCCAUCGACCCCCGUUUGCCUUCACUCUAUGCUGAGCCAGACGGGCUUGUCGGUAUUGACAAGCCAAGAAGCGAGCUCAUCGAGUGCCUAAUGGAGGGGAUGGGUGCAUCGGUGCAGCAGCAAAAGGUGAUAUCUAUUGUGGGUCCUGGGGGUCUCGGUAAAACUACACUUGCCAAUGAGGUGUUUCGUAAACUGGAAGGCCAGUUCCAAUGUCGAGCUUUUGUUUCCUUGUCACAACAACCAGAUGUGAGUAAGAUCUUAAGAAAUAUACUCUCUCAAGUCUGCCAGCAAGAGCUUCCUAGCACAGAUAUACAGGACGAGGGAAAGCUCAUUGACACAAUAAGAGAAGUUUUAAAGAACAAGAGGUACUUAGUUGUUAUUGAUGAUAUAUGGAGUACUCAAGCAUGGAAGAUUAUCAAAUGUUCUUUGUUUCUGAAUGAUCUGGGAAGCAGAAUAAUGACGACAACACGUAGUAUUGAUAUAGCCAAGUCAUGUUGCUCUCGACGCCAUGAUCGUGUCUAUGAAAUAAUGCCUCUGACGGCAGCCAACUCUAAGAGUUUAUUUUUUAAACGAAUAUUUGGCUCAGAAGAUAUAUGUCCUCCUCAAUUGGAAGAAGUCUCCUCGGAAAUAUUAAAAAAGUGCGGUGGUUCACCAUUAGCAAUUCUUACAAUAGCAAGCUUAUUGGCUAAUAAAGAUUGCACAAAUGAAGAAUGGGAGUGGGUGUAUAAUUCGAUCGGUUCCACACUGGGAAAGGACCCCGGUGUAGAAGAGAUGAGAAGGAUACUUUCUCUUAGCUAUGAUGAUCUUCCCCACCAUUUGAAGACAUGUUUACUUUAUCUAAGUAUAUUUCCGGAGGAUUAUGAGAUUGAGAGGGAUCGAUUAGUAAGGAGGUGGAUCGCUGAAGGAUUCAUUGAUACAAAUGGUGGACGAGAUUUGGAGGAAAUAGGAGAGCGUUAUUUUAAUGAUCUUAUCAAUAGAAGUAUGCUUCAGCCAGCGGAAAUCCAAUAUGACGGUCAAGUCGUUUCAUGCCGAGUGCAUGAUAUGAUUCUGGAUCUCCUUACAUCUAAGUCGAUGGAAGAAAACUUUGCCACCUUCUUCCGUAACCAAAAUGAGAUAUUAGUCCUUCAACAUAAGAUCCGUAGGCUAUCACUCAGUUAUUAUGACCAAGAGCACAUCAUGCUUCCAUCAACAGCAAUCAUUUCUCAUUGCCGGUCGCUCAGUAUUGUCGGGUAUGCCGAAAAGAUGCCUUCUCUUUCGAAGUUCCGUGUUCUGCGAGUACUUGAUAUUGAGAAUGGCGAGGAGAUGGAGAGCAACUGUUUUGAGCAUCUGAGGAAGCUUUUCCAGUUGAAGUAUUUGCGACUCCACGUUAGAAGUAUUUCUGCACUCCCUGAGCAGUUAGGAGAACUACAGCAUUUGAAGACUCUGGAUAUGGGAUGGACAAAGAUCACAAAAAUGCCCAAAAGCAUUGUUCAGCUGCAACAUUUGACAUGUUUGCGCGUCAGUAAUUUGGAAUUACCUGAAGGAAUUGGGAAUCUGCAAGCUCUGCAGGAGCUAUCAGAUAUCAAAGUCAACCGGUACAGCAUGGCGUCGUGUUUGCUGGAGCUGGGCAGUCUGACUAAACUGAAAAUCCUUGGGCUACGCUGGUAUAUUGUCAGUACACACAGUAACAAAGAUACUUUUGUGGAUAACUUGGUAUCCUCGCUGCGCAAAUUGGGCAGAUUCAGCCUUCGAUCUAUAUGCAUUCGUAGUUAUCAUGGCUAUUCAAUGGAGUUCUUACUGGACUCCUGGUUCCCCUCCCCUUAUCUCAUGCAAAAGUUUCAGAUGGGCACGUACUACAACUUUCCCAGAGUUCCUCCUUGGAUUGUGUCACUGGACAAGCUCACAUACCUAGAUAUCAAUAUCGAUCCAGUAGACGAGGAAACACUAGAGAUCCUUGGAGAGCUACCUGCUUUGCUGUUUCUCUGGCUGAUGUCGAAAUCAGCUGCUCCCAAACAGCGGCUUAUCAUAAGCAGCAGCAUGUUUGUAUGUCUGAGGGAGUUCCAUUUCACCUGCUGGAGCAAUGGAGAAGGACUGAUGUUUGAAGCCGGGGCCAUGCCGAGGCUUGAGAAACUGUGGGUUCCGUUUGACGCAGGCAGCGGUCUUGAUUUUGGCAUCCAACACCUCUCUUCCCUCAGGCAUCUUGCCGUCGAGAUCAUUUGCGUUGGCGCGACCGCUCGGGACGUUGAGGCGUUGGAGGAGGCCAUCAGAGAUGCAGCUCAUCUCCUUCCGAAUCGCCCUGCGGUGGAGUUCCGAACAUGGGAUGAUGAAAAGAUGACAGGCUAUAGGGAUGGCAUAACGAAAGCGCGGAACGAAGGUAAACAAGAGGGCUGGAAUGUUGGGUCUAGGCAAGGAUACAAGUGGGAUCUUGUUCGCGGGAUUACUAGUGCAUUGGCUGGUCUUUCCAGCAGCCGGGAAGAAAAGUUGUUGCUCGAUGUCCGCCGCAUAAGAGAACUUGAAGAUUUGCACAACUCCGUGCUAGAAAUUUCAGCGGCGGGUGCGCUGCAGAUGUUUCAUGAGAGUAUUCAUCAGGAUAAUGACCCAUCAGAGAAAAACAGCCUCCAAACUAUUCCAAUCGACCUUCUCCUGUCGUUGCAAGAAUGUCCAGAUGUUCAUGUCCCUGAAGAGCCGGCACAAGUUCCUUAAGCAAAGAUCGUAAUGGAAUUGUUUUUUUUAGAAAAGGAGGAUCACCCCCGGCCUCUGCAUCAGAAUGAUGCAUGCAACCCCUUUAUUAAGCAAAGUAAAUGAAAGGUCCGCGGUCGUAAUGGAAUGGUAGAUCUGUUGAUACUGAUUUCGAAGUCUGGUAGAAAUCACUUAUUAGACUGAUUCUUUCUGAAGGAUGUAACUGUAAAUCUGUUGAUACUAAGAUUUUCUUUAUCAUGUCACCCCUUCCUUUGUAUGAAACUCCUGUAAUUUCGCAGUUUGAAUGGCAAUAAUAAUAUUUUCUUCCUGAGGUUUGCAUA